GGGGACCGUCUGUCUUGCUUCUAUCUGGGACAUACUUCGGAUACUGAGUCCCCAAGAACCUGUAUCCUGGACAAUCCUGGGCACACCCACAUCUUUUGGGGGGGGGGUCUCAUAAGCGCCCUGUGAGUGGUUCUCAUAGGAGAGAACCUGGUGUUUCUGGAGCCAAGAUGCUGAUCCAGCUGUGCCUGACCCUCUUCUUUCUUGAGUGCUUCAUUGCUGGAACUCCAGCACCUGGGCCUGAGGACAUUCUGAUGGGCAUCGUGGGGGGUCAUAAUGCCCCACAGGGGAAGUGGCCAUGGCAGGUCAGCCUGAGGAUCUAUAGAUACUACUGGGCCUUCUGGGUGCACAACUGUGGGGGCUCCAUCAUCCACCCACAAUGGGUGCUGACUGCUGCCCACUGCAUUCGUGAGAGAGAUGCUGACCCAUCAGUCUUUCGGAUCCAUGUUGGGGAGGCGUACCUCUAUGGGGGCACUGAGCCGGAGCUGCUGAGUGUGAGUCGGGUCAUCAUCCACCCAGACUUUGUCCACGCUGACCUGGGUUCAGAUGUGGCUCUGCUCCAGCUGGCAGUGUCUGUACAAUCCUUUCCUAAUGUCAAGCCAGUCAAGCUGCCCUCUGAGUCUCUUGAGGUCACCAAGAAGGAUGUGUGCUGGGUGACCGGCUGGGGUGCAGUGAGCACACACAGGUUGCUGCCUCCUCCCUACCGCCUACAGCAGGUGCAGGUAAAGAUAAUUGACAACCCCCUUUGUGAGGAGAUGUACCACAAUGCCACCAGGCACCGCAAUCGUGGCCAGAAACUGAUCCUAAAGGACAUGUUAUGUGCAGGCAACCAGGGCCAAGACUCCUGCUAUGGUGACUCAGGUGGCCCUCUGGUCUGCAAUGUGACAGGCUCCUGGACCCUGGUGGGAGUGGUGAGCUGGGGCUAUGGCUGUGCCCUCAGGGACUUCCCUGGGGUCUAUGCACGAGUGCAGUCCUUCCUGCCCUGGAUCACGCAGCAGAUGCAGAGGUUCUCCUGAGCCCAGCUGCUGGCCUCGUGGCCAUCAGAUGAGGAUAAGUCGGCUUUGGUCACGAUUCCAGAGUGGACGGCCAGGGUUUAGGCUCUGGAGUGUAGGUGACCAGGGCACCAAGCAUUAGCUACUGAAGGACAUGGCUCAGUUUCCUGGCUUCCUAAAUAAAGAUGUGUUUGUUG